AUGUUCUCCCCCUGCGAGUGCGUGAGGCGAGGGGGCAGGAGGGGCAUGAAGAUGAUCCGGUUCCGGAGCUCCAGCAUCAGGUCCUUGAGCCAAGAGAUGAAAUGCACCAUCCGGCUCCUGGACGACUCCGAGAUCUCCUGCCACAUCCAGAAAGAGACCAAAGGUCAGUUUCUCAUAGAUCAUGUUUGCAAUCACUACAGUUUGUUGGAAAAAGACUACUUUGGUAUUCGUUAUGUGGACCCAGAAAAGCAGCGGCAUUGGCUUGAGCCCAACAAAGCUAUCUGCAAGCAAAUGAAAUCUCAUCCACCAUACACCAUGUGCUUUAGAGUGAAAUUCUACCCACACGAGCCAAUGAAGAUUAAAGAAGAGCUCACCAGGUACCUUUUAUAUCUACAAAUCAAAAGAGAUAUUUUCCAUGGCCGUUUGCUGUGCGCAUUUUCAGAUGCAGCCUACUUGGGUGCAUGCAUUGUCCAAGCUGAGCUUGGUGACUAUGAUCCUGAUGACCACAUGGACAAUUAUGUCAGUGAUUUUAGGAUUUUCCCCAAACAGUCUCCCAAGCUGGAAAGAAAAAUAGCAGAAAUACACAGAAAUGAAUUCAGGGAUCUGAGUCCAGCUGUUGCGGAGUUUAAUUUAUUAUUGAAAGCACAUACUUUAGAAACCUAUGGUGUUGAUCCACAUCCUUGCAAGGAUUCAACAGGGACCACAACAUUUUUAGGAUUCACAGCCACAGGUUUUGUAGUUUUCCAGGGAAACAAAAGAAUACAUUUGCUAAAAUGGUCUGAUGUCUGUAAAUUAAAGUUUGAAGGGAAGACAUUCUACGUGAUUGCAAUUCAGAAAGAGAAAAAGGCUAUGUUGUCAUUCCAUACUUCUACACCAGCAGCCUGCAAGCAUCUUUGGAAGUGUGGAGUGGAGAAUCAGGCAUUUUACAAGUAUGCAAAAUCAAGCCAAAUCAAGACUGUGUCCAGCAGCAAAAUAUUUUUUAAAGGUAGCAGGUUUCGAUACAGUGGAAAAGUUGCCAAAGAGGUUGUUGAAGCAAGUUCUAAAAUCCAGCGAGAGCCCCCUGAAGUGCACAGAACCAACAUUACUCAGAGUCGCAGCUCUCACUCCUUGAACAAGCAGCUCAUAAUUAAUAUGGAGCCUCUGCAGCCACUCCAUCCAUCAUCAGAUGACCAGGAAGACGUUGCCUCUGAUGAAGGGGAAGAUCCUGCCCUCAGUCCCCACCUGCUCCAGCAUGACCCCGUCCCCGUGUUCCUUCCUGGAAGCCUGGCAGCCUGGGAAUCUGGCUCCUUCUCUCCGCCACGUGACUCUCCCUCCCGUCUCCGUGCCCCCAGGUGUCUCGGAAUCCAGCUGCCGAAAGAAGAUGAUGUUUCAAUACCGGUGAUCUCCAAUUCUCCUGCUAAGGAAGGAGAUGACAGUUCUGAUCUGUCUGUUGAGGAAGAAGAGAAAAUCAAGGAAGAGCCUUUAACAAUUUCAGAAUUGGUAUAUAACCCCAGCAGCAGCUUGCUCCCCACUCCGGUUAAUGAUGAGGAGAUUGACCUGCUCUUUCAGUCCUCUCCUAGGGCAGAGAACGAGAAAGAUGACACUGAUUCCUUUGAAGAACUGGAGGCUGAUGAAAAUGCAUUUUUGGUUGCCGAGGAAGAAGAGUUGAAAGAAGCCCGGAAAGCACUGAGAUGGAGCUAUGACUUUUUGAUGGGCAACAUGAAGAUAAACGCUGCUGUGAAGAGCUUUUCAAGACUUCUCUUUGUUGGGCUUGGAAUACUGUUGAUUGUUUUUCCUCUUCUCCUUGUGCUGCUGGAAUCAGACCUUGAUAUCUCCUUCCUCCAUGAAAUCCGCCAGACGCCCGAAUUCCAGCAAUUUCACAUUGAAUAUUACUGCCCUUUUAGACAGUGGGUGGCCUGCAAAAUAGACUUUGUCAGCCACUUGCUUGGCAGCUCUUAAAACAGUACAAAUAUGCGAUGCAACUAAGGGCUAUAUUCAAAACUAGUGAAUUUUAGUUAGUAUUAGGUGCUCAUAAACAUUUUGAAGGCCAUCAGCAAAUAGUUCCUCAUUUUUGGAUCCAUAGCAGAUUUCCAAAUUCUUAAGUUUCCUUUCUAUGUUUGAACAAUUGAUUUAGCUACAUGAUGGUCUUACAAUAACCAAAAAGCAGUUUGUUUUUUAUUUUCCUUCCAUGUCCAUGUUUAUUAAUCACUGAGUAGAACUGAAGUUUAUCAUCCGUAUCAUUACAAGCCAUGAUAUACUAAAUGUAAGCAUUAGCAACAAAAGAAAGAUGACGCUUUUGAAUAUACUCCUUAGUGAAACAAUCUCUACUAACCAAUGCCUAUACAAGCAACACUGAUUGCUGGGAUUUUCCUUCUCGGUUUGAUUUUUCAUUUUUAAAAAUAUUUUUAUGUGUUUACAAGAUUUUGGUAAAUUUGUAGCAACAAUAACUUCUGAAGAUAUUUAAAUGUACAGAUUAGUAAAAAUAAAUGCACAAGGGCAUGACAUGAAUUUUUAAAAUGUUUUAGCGAUUUUUUUUAAAUUGAAGAAUGAAAUUCUUAAAGAUCUGCACAAGACGGUGAAUAGAUGAGAUGGGAAAUCAGCAGAAUCUGUUCGAUGGAGUUGAAAUCAUGGGUUUCUUGAGGAUCGGGUAACAUAUUACAAAGCAGUCAUGGGAUUCCUUUGUAAUGGUAAUGUCAUGGUAAUUUGUAGAUGAACGUUGGGUGCCCCUGCACAAUUAAAUUAAUGCAGUUUGACUGCCUUGGCUCAAUACUAUGGAAUCAUGAGAGUUGUAGUUUUUUUUACAGGGUCUUUAGUCUUCUCUGCCAAAGAGUACUGGUGCCUCACCAAAUUACGAAUCCAGAGUUCCAUAGCAUUGACCUGUAGUGUAGAUGUGCCCAAUGUCUGGCAGGAGGAAAUGCUUAAACCCUCUUCUGUCCACCACUUCUCUCUUGAAUCCUGCUUUUCCUACCCCCCUCCCACCCCAAUUAACACCAGUCAUACAGGGAAACAGCUUGAAGGGGCAUUUACAGGAGAGAGUCAGGGUUUGCGGGAGAAUAUGUAAGCAUUCUCUCCUAGCUGUUGAUCCUGCCCUGCAUUUGUGUCAGCUGACAGAUGGUUAAAUUAAUGUAUAGUUCUGCCUUAGCAGUUCUAAAAGGUGAAGAGAGGUGAGUAUUUUUCAGAUGACGGCAAUACUGCUUUCCUUGCAGUUUGCCACUUCUGUUGGUGAUAGAAAGGUAAGGCAGUGCAAGUAUGGUUUUGUAAGAGGUUUGCUGAGUUUUGGAUUAACUGUAGAUUAUUGUAUAUAACAUAGAAAUGUGGAUAUAUGAAAAAGUUUAGAUAGACCUACUUACUUAAGUACAUUAGAAGCUUAAAAUAUACUGGUCUCUAAAAAUAGAGAAAGACUCCAUGAAAAGCAUCCUGUCCCUCAAAUUCUAAGCAUUCAAAGAUAAAUUCCAUAGUCCCCAAUUCUAUUCAUUACCAUUUUGUCAUGAUAAAUCCCAGAGUCACCAUUUCAUGUGUUAUUAUUUCUUGUGCAUGAUAUCUCUUUGACCUAAUAUAAGUGGGAAAUGGAUGCACAAUCUUUCCCCCUUUAAAUGUGUCCCUAUGACAGUGGUGUGUGGUUAUCUUUGUUGUCUAGAUGUGCUGGGGAUUUUGUGCCUAUGUAGCUCCAAGUCUGUCAAAAAGGCUAUAAGUGCAUAAAAACGUAUAUGUAUAGAGACGACCCGUAGGUCCCAAUUUUGAAAAGGAAAAAGCACCAAUUGCAUUUUGUAUUUUGUAGCAUGGAUUGCAUGAUCUAAGUUUCCCUCCCGUACUUAAAUGUUUCAGUCACAGGACUUACAAUGCAACCCUAUACUUACUGACUGAGAAGUAAGCCCCAUUAAGACCAGUUGAAUUUACUCCACAUAAGUGAGUAUAGGGAUACUGCUUAAGUUGGGAUUUGGGUGAACCUCAAUUUUUUUGCUUGAGUGGGGGAAAAAAUCACUCCAUUAUUUUUUUAGACUCACUAUAAUUUCCUUUCUUUUUUCUUUUCUUUUCUUUUCUUUUCUUUUCUUUUCUUUUCUUGAAUUGGAUUAUGUAUUCCACUCAAGAAAGAAAGAAAGUAAGCAUGUGGUAUUUCAGAUACAAAUAUGUUUUUGUGUCCUUGUUUUAUAUGGGUAGUUAUAGAAAAAGUUUUACAAAGUUUUGAUAACCUGCCCUUGUUUGUCCCCCAUCUAAGUAAAAUAUUUGUAUACCUAUUCAGAACCAUUUUAUCCAACAGAAACUCUAUUCUUUUUGUGAUCCAGGGGUUGAAAUCAUGUAUGACUUUUAUCUUCAAGGUUUUAUUUCUAGUCUUUGCCUUAGAGCAGUGGCUUGCAAUCUGUGGGUCCCCAUGUGUUUUGGCCUACAACUCCCAGAAAUGCCAGCCAGUUCACCAGCUGUUAGGAUUUCUGGGAAUUGAAGACCAAACAUCUGGGGACCCACAGGUUGAGAACCACUGCCUUAGAGUACCUUUCACAUUACAGUUUUAGCAUUUUGAUGCCACUUUAGCUGCCAUGGCUAUAUUCGAGGGUUUGUAGUGUGAUGAAGCGCUAGAGCUCUCUGGCACAGCGUUUUGAAUAGAACUGCAAAUCCCAGGAUUGCAUAGGAUGGAGCCAAUGCAGUUGAAUUGGUGGUAUCAAAAUGUUAUGACUGCACAGGGUGGAAGAGAUCAUAUUCCUCACUCGGAAGACUUUUACAUGGUACAUAUUUAAUCCUGUUGCAGCUUCUAAUUGAAUCCUUUCUAUUGACAUGAAAAUCCAGCAAAGAGACAUGUUUCUCUAGUUUCUAAAAUAGUCAAAUCACCUGCAUUGUGGGAGCUAUAGCUAUGGGAGCAUGCAAUAUAAACUUUGCAGACAGUAUACUAAAAAUAAAUCCAAACUGUACUCUGCAUCCUAUAUGUAAACCAUAUAUGAGUCAUUAUACCCCUUAUUUAUAAACAGAUAGGUCCUGAGUUUUAACAUGUAGGUUUUUGUCCAUAUCUGUGCUCCAGAAUCAUUGAAAGCAUUUUUUGAGUAAGAAAAGACUCCGGCCUUAUCUACACUGCCAUAUAAUGCCAUUUCAGGAUGCAGAUUAACUGCAUUGAAUUGGGUUAUAUGGCAGCGCAGACUCAUAUAAUACAAUUCAAUGCAGUUCAAUCUGCAUUAUAUGAGCUUAGCUGACCAUUACUGCAUAAUGUAGUUCUAAUGGCAUUAUAUGGCAAUGUAGAUGACGCUUCCGUUGUGUGAGGAACAGAGUACUUCAAAGAAUGGUUGUAAAAUAAGGAUGCAUGUAGAGUUAAAUGCAAGUCCAUGUAGAUGAACGUUUGGAUGUACAGUAUGACCCCCUUAUUCACGGAUUCGAUAUUCAUAGUCCCACCAAAAAAAAAAUCCUCCUCAUAAAGGUUUGUGGACUUCUGAGGUCCUCCAGUAUGAUUCCAUGAUAUGCUUUUAUCCAUGGAUUAAAGUAUUCAUGGGGGGGGGGGAGAGAGAAGGUGGAAUAUAUCUCCCAUGGAUAUGGGGUUCAUACUUUAUCUAUGCAUAUUUGAACCUUGACAAGGCUUGAAAGCAGGGAUGAGGCAUGUGUGGCCCUCCAGAUACUGUUGGAUUGUGACUUUCAUCACUUAUAGCCAGCACAGCCAAUGGUGGUGGCUGCUGGGACUUGUAUUCUAACAAUAUUUGAAGGGCUACUUCCUGCCCCCAGCACUUAAGUGAGUUGUAUCCAGUUGCAUGGACUUGAACGGGGCACCUCUUUAGAAUAAAAAAUAAAUAAAAAGAGGGUGGGGAAAAGAUGCAUAUAUAAUCUACAGCAUGUCCUGUAUAGAUUGAAACAAGGUCUUGUCUCCAGUACUGGAAAUAUGAGAGCUGGCAUAUGAAGAGUCCAUAGAUAGUAUAGUGUAUUUCUGUCUGUGCUUGGAAUAUAGUGUAAGAUGUUAUGUACUUGAAAUCUAUUUUGUGAUUUGUCUGAUAUUUAUAAACACAACUCUGGGAAGAAUUAAAUGGGGUUUAUUUCAUUGAAAUGCAAACACACACACCAAAAUUUAGGGGAAAAUGUACCUGUAAACUUGAGCCUUAUCUUUGUAAAGUGAAUUUCACAUUUCUAUGUCAACAUCAUGGUUGUUUUAUAUGUUAAUAAAAUGACAGGACUCCCUAAUAAAAAUAUAUUGAAAAAAGCCA